AUGCGUCAUCCGGUUGAUGGAUUAGCUUGGAAGGACUUUGAUGUUAAACAUCCUAAUUUUGCCAGUGAACCUAGAAAUGUUCGCUUAGGUUUAGCUGCUGAUGGGUUUAAUCCAUUUGGCAACAUGAGCCUAGCUUACAGUAUGUGGCAUGUUGUGUUAGCGAACUAUAAUCUUCCACCUUGGAUGUGCAUGAAAGACAAUAAUUUCAUGUUGGCUCUACUUAUUCCUGGACCAAAAUCUCCAGGUAAAGACAUGGAUGUAUUUUUGAGACCGUUGGUGGAUGAGCUGAAAGAGUUCUGGGUUGAUGGAGUUGAUACGAGAGAUUGUACGACAAACACUAUGUUCAAAUUGCGUGCAUCCCUUUUAUGGACUGUUAAUGAUUUUCCUGCUCGAAGUAGUUUGUCUGGUUGGAGUGGUCAAGGAUACAAAGCUUGUCCAACAUGUAACGAAGACACUACUUCAAUACGAGUAAUUGGCAAGACAUCUUAUGUAGGUCACAGAAGAUUCUUGCCCAGCAAACAUGAGCAAUUUGGAGGUGUGAAACGCAAACGUGUUGCAGAAGAUCAAAAUUGGAGGAAAAAAAGUAUCUUCUAUGAGCUUGAGUAUUGGUGUACAAAUACUUUGAAACACAAUAUUGAUGUGAUGCACGUUGAGAAGAAUGUGUGUGACAGUCUGUUGGGCACAAUCUUGGACAACGAUAAAUCGAAAGACACAACUAACGCGAGACAUGAUUUGAAGAAAUUAGGAAUAAGGGAAUGGUUGUGGAUUUAUGAAGAUGAUAAUGGCAAGUUAAUGAAGCCACACGCCCCGUAUGUCCUCAAAGCUGACGAAAAAUUGAAAUUCUGUCAAUUUAUCAAGGACGUGAAGUUUCCUGAUGGAUUUUGCUCAAAUUUGAAGAAGAAAGUGAGCAAUGAUUUAUCAAAUGUUCUUGGAUUGAAGUCUCACGAUUGUCAUGUAAUUAUACAAAGAUUAUUGGCAAUUGGUGUUCGUAAGUUUCUCCCUAAAAAUGUAUCAACAACUAUUGCUGAAUUAUGCAACUUUUUUAGGCAAGUAUGUGCUAGAACCAUAAACUUUAAAGAUAUGGAGGAAGCACAAAAAGACCUAAUUUUGAUAUUGUGUAAGUUGGAGUUGAUUUUCCCUCCAGCUUUUUUUGAUAUCAUGAUUCAUUUGGUCUUACAUUUGCCUGAAGAAGCAAUUUUGGGUGGACCUGUGUUUAUGAGAUGGAUGUACCCUUUUGAGAGGUACAUGAAAAAAUUGAAGAAUUAUGUUGGAAAUAAAGCUCGUCCCGAAGGGUCAAUAGCUGAAAGCUAUGUUGCAGAUGAGGCAUUAACGUUUUGCUCUAUGUAUUUUAAGGGGGUAGAAACCAAAUUUAACCGACUUGAUCGCAAUGAAGAUGAAGUGAUUCCUAGAAUUCUUACCGUCUUCCAAUCACAAUGUCAUCCCUUAACAAGAGCAAAUAUAAUGCCUCUAGAUAGAAAGAAUCGUGAAAAUGCUGAGUGGUUCAUCUUUGACAAUUCACCUGAAAUAAGACCAUAUUUAGAUGAACACUUAGAAGAGAUAAAACUUCAGUACCCAGAUGGAGAUCAUAACAUCUUACACAAAAAGUUUUUCCAACGAUGGUUUCAUAAGAAGAUCUAUGAUUUACACAAGCUUGGAUCAUUGGAGAAUGGUGAAGAGUUGCUAGCUUUAGCAUGUGGUUCAGAUCACUUAGUAACAUAUUAUGAAGGUGUUGUAGUGAAUGGCGUUCGUUACAUGGUAGCUGAACGUGAUAAGAAGCGUACUACUCAAAAUAGCGGUGUCUCUGUGGCGGGAACAGAAGGAUUCAAUUAUUAUGGAACCCUAGAAGAUGUGAUGAUGUUCACUUUUUGUGGUGUGUAUUCAGUGACAUUAUUUCGGUGUAAAUGGUUCAAUACCAAUCCACAGAGGAAGAAAACAAUCAUUGAGAAUAACAUCAUUAGUAUCAAUGUUAGUGGUGAAUGGUACAAAGAUGACCCAUUUAUACUUGCUACUCAAGCUAAGCAAGUAUUUUACCUUGAUGAUUUGCUUAGAGGUAGACAUUGGAAAAUAGUCGAGAAUGUAAACCACCGACAAAUUUGGGACAUUGAGGAGGAUGAAGAUGAUGAAGAUGUUGUACAUGAUUUAAGCUCCUCAAAUUUUCGGUUGACUGUGGAUAUAGGAGAGUUAAUUUUGCAACCUGCUGAUGUAGCAACAAUAAUUGAUCCUACACAAAAUUUGAAUGUAAAUCAACCUGAUGAAAAUGUUGUGGAUGGUGACGUUGAUGAUGUAAUAGAUGACGAAGUAGACGAGUUGCUAAUUGAUCGAUGUGAAGACGAUAUUGAUUCUGAAAAUGAUGAGUGUGAUAGUGACUAUUAG